UUCAAUUUUGAACAAGACUUGAAUCACAUUGGUAUAUAUAAGUUUAUCGACUAUUUACUGCAAAUAAUUGGAAAAAGGUUAGCGUCCAUAGCAACAACCUAUUCCAACAAUAUGGAAUUCACAGAAAUUGAAACUAACUCACGUAAGAGGAGUUUUAUCGAACAGAGACAUGAUCCGUCUUCAACUAAAUAUCGCCGAACGUACGACUCACUGUGCCUUAGUAUACAAAGUUCCUGUAUAUUUCUAGACUUUAACCAAGCAUACGACAAUGUGUGUUUCCAAUGUACAGAGACUACAGACCAGUACAGACCUGGAAUGCCAUACAAACUCCUACAUUAUCCAAUGAGAAGUAACGUGGAAAUUAUAUUUAGCAUCAUAGAUUUGGACUUUUUACAAGAAAUACAUUUAGGACUCAACGGUUGCACAGGACAACAUUAUCAUGGUCUUAUUGAUAUACUUGUAAACAAUAUUCCUGUAUUAAUAGACUUUGCAGGAUUAAGCAAUGAUAUGGCAUUUAGAGAACAAUCCUUUUCUAUUCCUAAACAUAUAUGUGCUCAUGGAGAAAACAAGGUGAUAGUUCAACUUAGUAACAAUAGUCCUGGUAUAUUCUGGUUGUCAGAUGCUCGAAUUACCGGUAUUUAUCAUGUACACUAAUACAUGACAAUUUUAGUGCACUGAAUGUAUAUUUAUACCCCAACGUCUCAUUUUCUUCUUCUGAGAAAUGAAUAAAAAAAUAUUUUAGAGAGAACUAUAGAGAUUGUCAAUGUUGUCAGAAAGAGAAAGGGAAAUAAAAAAUCAUGCGAAUAAAGACAAUACAACGUUCAUAUAAGUAUCAGUACAUUUUUUUCAUUGUUCCGCCAUUAAAACGAAGGUUACAUGGUGUUUUGCCUUUUAAAGGACUGAAAUGUCAAACACACUUAUUUACUUUCUUUUUGUUAUUUAUACUAUAGCGGUAUGGGCUUUGCUCAUUGUUGAAGGUUGUACGGUGACCUAUAUAGUUGUUAAUUUCUAUGUCAAAUUGGUCUCUUGUGGAGAGUUGUCUCACUAACCAUCAUACCACAUAUUCUUAUUGUUUUCAAACUCACAAAUCGAAAAUAAACUGACAUCGCUAUCACUAUAAAAGGCUAAACAGACAAAUAAUAGUACACAAGAAACAACAUAGAAAACAUAACGAAAUCCACAAAAAAAGAAUAUCUUAUAGGACCGUUUC